AUGGCGGAGGACAGCGAGUCUGCUGCCAGCCAGCAGAGCCUGGAGCUGGACGACCAGGACACGUGUGGGAUAGACGGGGACAAUGAGGAGGAGACCGAACACGCCAAAGGGUACGAGGGCGGCGCGCGGGCGGCAACGGGCGCUUCGGGGCGUGGGAGCCACGCGCGUCUCGCGGCUCCGGCUCGGGCGCUGGGUCCUGCGGGCGCGGGUGGGGCCACCCUGCGACCGCUAUGGCCCCUCGGGCCCCCGGAGCCCACGCCACGCUCUGAGGCCGCUCAGAGAGUGGCGGGGCCGGCAAGGCGAGGCGGCGGGCGACGGAAAGGGCAUUGGUUUCGCCCAGAUUCUCCGACCAUUGAGAGAAAAAACUGAAAAGUAGAACCUGGGAAGGGAGGAAUAAAGAAUGGUAAGCUGUUUGCUCCAGACCUCAGACUUAAGAUUAAAAUUGAACAAAAGUCCAAAAAUCCCACCAUUCCAAUGCAGAAGUUGCAGGAUAUCCAGAGAGCAAUGGAGCUGUUAUCUGCAUGCCAGGGCCCAGCCAGGAACAUUGACGAGGCUGCAAAACACAGAUACCAGUUUUGGGACACGCAACCAGUACCCAAACUAAAUGAAGUAAUAACGUCUCAUGGUGCCAUUGAACCAGAUAAAGAUAAUGUACGUCAAGAACCAUAUUCUUUGCCACAGGGUUUUAUGUGGGACACUUUAGAUUUGAGUAAUGCUGAAGUGCUCAAGGAGUUAUACACAUUGUUAAAUGAGAAUUACGUAGAAGAUGAUGACAAUAUGUUCCGGUUCGACUAUUCGCCUGAGUUCCUGUUGUGGGCCCUGCGUCCUCCAGGCUGGCUCCCUCAAUGGCACUGUGGAGUCAGAGUGUCUUCAAAUAAAAAACUAGUAGGGUUCAUAAGUGCCAUCCCUGCAAACAUUCGGAUUUAUGACAGCGUGAAGAAGAUGGUAGAAAUCAACUUUCUUUGCGUACACAAGAAAUUGAGAUCAAAACGGGUAGCCCCAGUGUUAAUUCGAGAAAUAACCAGAAGAGUGAACCUGGAAGGGAUUUUUCAGGCCGUUUAUACUGCUGGGGUGGUUCUUCCCAAGCCAGUGGCCACGUGCAGGUACUGGCAUCGAUCACUAAACCCCAGAAAAUUGGUGGAAGUGAAAUUUUCUCACUUGAGUAGAAAUAUGACUUUACAGAGAACAAUGAAGCUAUACAGACUUCCAGAUGUUACAAAGACUUCAGGUUUGAGGCCAAUGGAACCAAAAGAUGUCAGAGCAGUUCGAGAAUUAAUCAACAGUUACCUGAAGCAGUUUCAUCUAGCCCCAGUGAUGGAUGAAGAGGAAGUAGCCCACUGGUUUCUCCCCCAGGAACAUAUUAUCGACACGUUUGUAGUGGAGAGCUCAAGUGGCAAAUUAACGGACUUCCUAAGCUUCUACACACUCCCUUCAACAGUCAUGCAUCAUCCUGUCCACAAGAGCCUCAAAGCUGCUUACUCCUUCUACAACAUUCACACGGAGACACCCCUCUUAGACCUCAUGAAUGAUGCACUCAUUAUAGCCAAGUUGAAGGGAUUUGAUGUAUUCAAUGCACUAGAUUUGAUGGAAAAUAAGACCUUCUUGGAAAAACUCAAGUUUGGUAUAGGAGAUGGCAAUUUGCAGUAUUACUUGUAUAACUGGAGGUGUCCAGGAACAGAUUCUGAAAAGGUUGGACUUGUAUUACAGUAGAUGAAUAUUUUUAUUUCUAGAACUCUGGCAUUAUCAUUUGUUAAUAUUCUAUUUAAUGAUUCCUGGAACUGCCAUUCCAAAGAAGAAUAAAAGCACAACU